AUGCAAGGCCUGCCUGUUCGGUUUUUCUACGGCAUCUUCAGCAACAGUGCCCGGUGGAUGGUCAUUUAUCGUAGAUCCUGGGCUCCAGAGAAGCAUAGGUCCUCUGCCUCUACCAUGGACAAGCUCAGCGGGAACAAGGCUCGGUUGGGGCCACCCCUCCCACCCCCCAGAUGUGUGGACCCCCCAGCUUGCAGAGAAGAUGCCCCCAGCCCAUCUCCUUUGCCUGAUCCAGAGACCUGGAGACACUGGGAGGAGGAAGAGGAGGAUGAGGAGGAUAAAUAUGAGCUGCCCCCCUGUGAGCCUUUGCCCUUCACUCUGGCUUCUGCCCACCUUCCUGGCACAGGGGAAGACUCCUUGUACAUGGAUCACUGUGGCCCCCCAGACUCAUCCAAGCCAUCGCCACCCCUGCCUCAGCCCACCGCACUGAAGGCAGCAGCGAGCCCGCACGUGGCCGAGGAGGGACCUCUCUUUGGGAGGCGAGAGUGGAGCGCAUGGUCCAGAGUGGUGCCAGGCCCUCCAAAGAAACCUGAUGAGGAGGACAUCUACCUGGAGUGUGAGCCCAAUCCAGUCCUGGCCUUGACCCAGACUCCGAGCUCCCAAGUCCUGAUGCCUCCAGUCCUUCUGCCAAGGAUGUCAUUGGUGCCCAGGCCCACCAUGGCCUCCCAGGAAGUUCAGAAUGGAGCAGCAGACGCCACUUCUAAAGCAGGAAAGAGACUGUCUCUUCCCUCUGCAGCCCCCUCCGGGAGAACCUCAGCUGCCGAGGACAGCAGCCUGCUGACUCAACCUUGGUACUCAGGGAACUGUGACCGUCAUGCUGUCGAGAGUGCCCUGCUCCGUUUACAAAAGGAUGGGGCCUACACUGUGCGCCCCAGUUCAGGGCCUCACGGGUCCCAGGCCUUCACCCUGGCAGUGUUCCUCCGAGACCGGGUCUUCAACAUUCCCAUUCGGUGGCUCGAUGACAGGCACUGCUAUGCCCUGGGCUGGGAGGGCAGGAACCGCGAGGAGCUCUUCUCCUCCGUGGCCGCCAUGGUCCAGCACUACAUGCAGCACCCCCUGCCCCUUGUGGACAGACACAGUGGCAGCUGGGAACUCACGUGCCUGCUCUUCCCCACCAAGCUGUGAGGCCACAGUGAUGUACCCAGUCACCCUUGGCCCCUGAGCUUGCUCCCUGGCCCUCCCCAGGCUCCACCACUCCAGUCCCUCCCCUUCCUUCACCCCAGUCCCUGCAGGCUCCAACGACAGGCACUGGGCAAGGUUGCCCACAGAGAGGAAGGGUCCUGGAGACCCCACCCCGUGCUCACCCAGAGCCUGGCACUGCCCCUCCCUGCUGCCUCCCCAGGCCCGGAGCCCAUUCCUAGCCUGUUGUUUACUGCAGCGAGGUCCUCCCUCGCUGCUCUGGAUGAAGACAUGGUGGUGGCCUAGAGAGGUCGGCCUCCUCAGAGAAGCCAAGCCUCAUGGGACAGCACAGAGAAUCUUCUCACAUUCUCUUGGGGGUUAGCACACUCUGGGAGGGACUGGGCUUCCCUGCACAUGGUUUGCUUUCAAUAAACAUUUGUUGGAUCUGGUA